CGAGAUCCCUCAUGUUUAUAUGAUUGUGUCUUGGUCUUGCGGGUCGGGUGUGAGGAACCGAAUUUUCUUUUUUCCGUUGCUAAGACAUAAUUCAAGAUGGACAGGUCGUUGAUGAGAGACCGAGAUGCCUUCCUGAAGCGGGCCAUGGCCACGCCCUCAGUGGAAGUCAAGAAGCGCAAAAAUGAUAUCCCUAUACCAGAGCCGCCCAAGAAGAAGGUGACCAAAACGGUGCCCUCCAGCGAUGCGAGCUCAUACAAAUCUAUGUCAGGUGGGAGUCAGUACAAGUUUGGUGUCUUGACGAGGAUUGUGCGCCACAUGAAAACGCGUCAUCAAGAUGGGGAGUCUCAUCCGCUAAGCCUCGAUGAGAUUCUUGAUGAGACCAACCAGUUAAAUGCUGGGCCUAAGGUCAAACAGUGGCUCAUCACCGAAGCCCUGCCCAACAACCCCAAGAUCCAAGAGAUCGAUGGCAAGUAUCUCUUCAAGCCGCCGCUGCCAGUGAGGGACCGGAAGAGCAUGCUGAAACUGCUACGGCAACAUGACAUGAAGGGACAUGGGGGUGUGUUGCUAGAUGACAUCCAGGAAUCCCUGCCACACUGCGACAAGACCAUGAAGAUGCUGGACUCUGAGAUCCUGCGAAUCACACGCCAAACAGACAAGAAACAGAUCAUCUUCUACCAUGACAAGGGCAUUAACUUCCCUGUGGAGAAGGAAUUCCAGCAACUAUGGAGGAACACAUCAGUUGAUGGCUUGCAGGAUGACAACAUUGAGGAGUAUCUUAACAAACAGGGCAUCAAGUCCAUGCAGGAUACAGGGCCGAAGGUCAAGCCCAUCCGGAGAAAGGUCAAAAAGAGCCGACAGAGAGCCACCAAGAUCUCAGACAACGAGCACAUGCAGGGGGUCCUUCAAAUAUACGAUGAUGUGUAAUAAACAUGGGGAUUUUAGGCUGUUCUGGAGAGGCUGAGGUCGUUUUAUGCGAAUACUUUUUUGCGAGAGGAUGUCGUUUGUAGUUAUAUUGUUCAGAUUUUGUUAUUAUUAUUAUUUUGUUUGUUUGUUUGUUUGUUUUUAUUAUUAUUAUUAAUAUUAUUAUUGUUUUAGUUGUUCUUGUGAAUAUAUAGGUUACAAGUGUAAUUCCUUUCUUGUAUUUUUUUUUUCUUUCUUUCUUUUAUAUAUAUAUAUAU